UUUUAUGCGACUUAAAGUAUUAACCGGUAAAACUUCGUGGAAACAUGAAUUCAUUGAAGUAAAACUGGGAAACGAUGGUAAAGUUUCCCAGUCUGGUUAAUGAUAUGUCAAGUUUGGAAUUAAACGAAGAAAGAUUCUGCGCUAAUUAUUGGACUGCUUAAUAAACAUGUGAAGGGAAUAAGUAGCACCGAAAUGGAAAUUAUAAAAUAUUACUUUUGUCAGAAGCCAACUGCAGAAGACGAUUAAAUCGGUCCAAUAAUGACGUGAUCACAAUGCAACAUUUUCUGUGGGGAAAGGUAGUUUUGGUGCUUGUGGCUGUAGUUGCCAUUCUUCAAGUUGUUCACUUGGUUCUCCUUAGUAGAUUAGAGUCUAGACAUCAUAGACAUGAUGAACAAACCGAUCCUGUGUCAUCUUCAGGAAAUGAGGUGGAUGCUGCUUUUGCCAUUCUUGCACGUAACCUGCACCAAGGCAGAGUCCUCGAUGCCAGUGGGGAAUACCAGGUGGUACCCAACCUAGCGUUGGGCACGAGAAUGCCUGCAGUUCGCUCUCUGGGUGCUCUGCCUGAUGUCACACUUGCGACUCAAUGCUCUUAUAAUCAUCUGUACUCUAUUGUACCUCUGGUUCAACGGUGGCAGGGACCUAUCUCAGUUGCUGUAUUUGCUGAAGAACACGAUUUGUCAGAGGCUCUGUGGGCUAUCGUAGGCCUGCGCCUGUGUCACACAGAAGUACGGCAGAACGUGUCAUUUCAGCUUGUGUCGCCUCUACUUGCUGGAGGCCAUCCGCCCCUCACAGCUCCUCCUGACUCUACAUCUCCCUGCCAUCUCAAGAGGACACAGAGGCCUGACCAGCACAACUACGCUGGCUCUCAUAGCUUCCCCAACAAUCUGCUACGCAACGUUGCGAGGAGAGGGGUGGCAACUGAGUUUGUGUUGGUGGUGGAUGUGGAUAUGUUACCUAGUGCCAAUCUGCGGCAGGAUUUCUACAAUUUUGCAGUCAAAAGUAGAUUGUUUAGUGAAUCUCGGCGUGAAGAUAAGACUGUGUAUGUUGUACCUGCAUUUGAAGUAAGAGAAAAUGUUCCUGCACCUAGGAUCAAAGCUGAAUUACUUCAACUGGCUGAUAAAGGCGAUUUGCGACCAUUUUACAUUGAACUCUGUUGGAAGUGCCAGAAGGAGCCUCCGUCAUCUGGAUUAUCACCUUUGUUUGAGGUUCUCUGGAAAGACCCUUGGGAACCAUUUUACAUUGCCAGAAAUUCAGUGCCAUUUUAUGAUGAACGCUUCAAGCAAUAUGGGUUUAAUAGAAUCAGCCAGGUUUGUGAAUUGCAUGUGGCUGGAUAUAAAUUCUCAGUACUUAAUAAUGGAUUUUUAGUCCAUAGAGGUCUUAAAACCACCUCUUCUUUUCAUCUAAACAAGGACCUUGACCAAGAGAGAAACAGGUUACUUUUCAGACAAUUCAAGGUGGAACUGAGAGAGAAAUACCCAGAGUCGUCCAGAAGAUGCUACUGACAUUUACUACCAGGCUGGGAUAUCGUUGCUUCUCAGCUUAACACUUCCAAAGAGCAAUUUUCUGAACAUACUGAGCUCUGCAAAUGAAAUUUUCUCAGGAUCUUAGUCCUUCUGCAUCUUCUGAUAAGUUUUGAGAAGGACUUAGUCAUUCAGGUUUUCCAGAGCUUAAGAAAAAUCUCAGAGAAAGACAGUGAUAUUUGAUGAUCACAGUUAUCUGAAAAUGAGAACAUAAUGAGCCUAGGGAAUGAACCUAUAGUCCAGGGUGAGUUACUUCAGCUGGAAAAAAAGCAGACUUGUGUGUUCCUCAUAAUAUUAGCAAUAAAUAAUUUGUGCCUUUCCAAGACUCCAAGCAUUACUGUAGACUUGGGAGAUAACCAACAUCAUUUAUGAAGAGCAAAGGCAAUGCAAUUCUCAUAGCCAGCAAGUGGGCUAAAGUACUGACGGCCUAAAACUAGGUGCACUUCAGGGCUGUUGUAAUUUGCAACUCAAUUUUGUCAAUUCAGAAAUUUGUUUUUUGUUUUUGUUUGUAUCCAAAAAAAAGUAGAUUUUAUCUUUGGCAAUAUGUAUAACAAUUCUCAGAACUUUGACUCGCUAUAAGCACAACCAUCUGGGCAUUAGAAGAGAAAUUGCGUAGAAACUUUCAUGCAGUAACAAAAAGUUUCUCAGGAAAAUGGCAUUACAAACAUUUGUUCAUUUAAUCAGAGGAAGACCUUGGCGAAUAUUUUUUCCCACCUGAAAUGACUUGCCCUGUAAAUUGUGUUGGUUUGAAAUAUCAGUAAAAAGGUUAUUUGGCAAACUGUUGUGUUGGCCAUUGCUGAUGUUAAGAUCAAGGUACUCAGAUGAUUCAGCCAAUGUGUGUGUUUCAAAAGAAAACCUUACUGGAGGGUUUAAAGCAUAACAUAGAUAAGUCACCAAAUAUUACCAAAUAUAUUUAUGAUAUUGCAUCAUCCGGCAGAAUUUAUGUAUUAUUUGGCAAGAAAUAUAAUUGAUGUAGAUGGAGUACCAAGACCAUGGGAAAAAGAGAAAGUAAUUCAGUAUGAUUUCCUAUUAUGAGAAAUAGAAUAAAUUGUAGUUUAUGGACUGAUUUUAAUUUUCCAUUUUGGUAACUAAAAUGCAAUCACAAUAGCAACUAUAUUGGGAAAUUUUCGAUAUCUUUUUCUUUCAUCCAUGUAGCCUUUUCUUUCUUUUAUCAAAAUAGAAACUUGAAACCCUAUGAUUAACAUAAACAUUAGUAACUACAAGUUACGAAACAGACAGUUUGCUGAAUGGAAAUAGCCAGGUCCCAAAUUGCCAAGGUCAAUUAUUUUCCUUGUCAACAUUGUUUAAUAUAUUGUUAUGACCAACUGAAUAUUGAGAAAGUCUUCUGCCUAAAAUAAGUAAUGAAAAUCUCUGUUGAAGGGUUAGUUAAUAUAUGGAGAUGCAUUUCGUUAUUUUUAUUUAGAAAAGGAUCUUGGAAGCAGACAAUGAAAACUAGUUUUUGUAUUUUGUGUGAACACAAUCUAACAGAAGAUAAUAAGUAUGGGAAGAUUAUGUAAGGAAGCCAUAUCUUGAUUUUUUGAAUGUAGAUCUCAGUGCACUAUUUCUAUAUAGUAACCUAAUUUAUGUAAUAUAAAAAAUAUUAAAACAUAGCUGAUAAAAAAUAAAUGUAAAACUUCAAGGAAAAUUUUUAGGGUGUGCCUGCUUAGAAUCUUAUAAAAUAGUUCACUUGAAAUGUGAAUUAAAUGAGAAUGCUGUAACGAUUAUGGCACUACUUAUAUAAUCUGUGUCUUCCUAAAAUUUUAGCACGUAUUUGAGUGAGAAAACAUAGACUGCACAACAAGACAUUCUAUGAUGCUUUUGUCAUCAAAUGACUUUGGUUUUAUAAAGCUUAAAUGAAACAAAAUGUGCACAAUUGCUUACUUUAUAAGAGAGAAAUUUGUAAGAAUAUUAAAGAUAUUUUGUACAAUCUUAGAUUUAAGCUUUGGUUUGAUCUGAUAUUUAUAUUUUUCUUUGCCGUGCGUAUUUUUAUUGUGAAUAUUGUGGGUGUAUCACUAAGUUAAUAGCCUACUGUAUUUACCCAAGUAUAAAAUUACCCUCUAUGUUUUUGCAACUACAAAUCAGUCUAUGAGGAAUUUAUCAUCAUCUUCAUCUUGUUAUUGAUAUUAAAAACAUUCUGAUAUUUUUGAAACAGAUGCAUUAAUACAAUUUUUUAAUAAUAUAUUUUGCUUAAUGCUUUGGCCCUUAUUACCUUAUUAGGUUUGACUCUUACUAGGGUCGAAGGCCUCAAUAAGGUAUGAAGUGUUAAACAAAAUAAAGUAUUGAAAAAUUGCAUUAAUGUGUCUCUUGAAAAAGUCAGAAUAUUUGUACCAUUGAAAUUAAUUCUCCAAAAUUUACAUGAGUACAUAAAAACCCAUUUUUACAACUGAUGUUUCCUAGGGUCUUAAAACUUGCUUUUUAGGGCCUUUGGUUGUCAUGAGUUAUGUUCCUCAUGACGUAUUCCAGAAAAUGAGGUAUUUUGAUAUCUUCUAUCACAUUUUUGGGAGUUUGACUCUCAAUAGGCAAACAGAAUCUCAUGCUGUAGUAAAAGUACAUUUUUCUUUGUGUGCAAAAAUUAGAUGAAGAAAACUAAAAAAAAAAAUAUAAAAUUUGGGUAAAUACGUAAUUACUGUGAGAGAUUAUUUAAUGUCAUUUUCUACAAAAAAAGUUAUUUAAUAAUAAGUAAUAAGUAAUUUAAUGGAUUCACUUUUCCUUUUUGUCAUUCUUAUACAAGUUUCAUUAUAAUUUAUUUGAUACAUUUUUAUUGCACAACAGAUUGGAAAAUAUAAUUCUGUCAAUUUUGGCAUCUCAUUGAAAUGCUAAAACAAUCUUUUAGAUUCACAAGCAUUUAAUUCACAAUGAACAAUUUUCAAUAGUUUCGAUAUGAAAAGAUGACAUUGGCACUUGGAUGAAUCACUUAUGAUGGCCCCAUGAAAUAUUUUGUAAACAGUUGAAAAUUUUAGUGAAAGAAACUGUUUAAACUACAUUUUUAAUGUCAGAGAUGAAAAUGAAUGCUGGUAUGUGUAUUAAGCCUUUCAUAUUAUAUUUGACAAUCUAAUACACAUUUACAUUAAAUCAUCCUGUCCUUAUUUUGCAUCUUCCAAGUGCAUGACAUGCAAAAAUUCAGUAUUGUUUAACAAAAAACUAAUGUUGGUUAAUUUUUCAGAACUACCCUUUUAGAGCGAUUUCGAGAUACAGUUUAUUCUUAUCUAAAGUUUUCCAUUUUGUACAGUAGAUAUAUCUAUUUAUUACAUUAUUCUCCCACAUCAUAAAAUGUGUUGUAAAAAGAAUAUUUUAUUUCCAUUUUCCUCUUUGGAGACCCUGUUUUCCUUAACAUUAGGCUCAAGUUUUGUAUGCAUGUAAGAAAAAUUGUUCCAGAUAAAAGUUACCAACAUUUUGGAAAUAGUUGAAAGACUGCACUCUUAUAUUCAAUACUUGAUUUUUUUGUUUCUGUUUCUUUCAGGUAGUAGUAAAUAGAUAAUCUGAAAAAGUAGGUAAUUCUAGUGUCAAUCUUCAGUGAUUCACUCAGUUUUUUGUCAAAGAAAAAUCUUCACAUGAAGUUUAUUGCAUAAUUUAAAAAAUAAUGUUGUGUUUUUCUAAGAAGUACAUAUUUGGAAAACCAAUCUAAUUGAAGAUACUGAAAUAAAUAUUUUCAAUUCUUAUGUUGAAUUAUUUAUCACGUAUAUGUCUCUACAAAGAAAUUCAAGUAUUUUAAUUUUACUACUUCAAAUAGAUUUGAUACCAAAUGUAUACUUCUUACUAUAUAUAAUUUAUUCGUUUUGUAUGUAACAAUUGACAUAAUGUUCAUCACAAAAGGAAUUUCUGAUAUAUCUUAUUUGAAACUUGAAGUAGUAUGAAGCCUAUGUGAAAGAUGUGAAAUUUUAAUGAAGUAAACAAAAGUAAUGUGAAGUAAAUAGUUUUUAUCAGUAGUAAGAAUUAAGCUUUGAUUUUUAAUUUUUUGGAGGUGGUAAUAAGUUAUUAAAAUUUACAAUUUAAUUUUAUGAAUUAAAAACAUUGUAUGACUUAUGUGAAUGAUUGUUAUUGAUUUUUGUGAUGUUUAAGCCUCUAUUUCUAUAUAGGGAAAUUAUUGUUAAUUCUUUCCUUAUCUGUUUCUGUUGCUAUUUUUGUUGAAAAGAAACUUUGCUAUAACAAGCAGUAUGGCAAUCUACAUUCCUCUGAUUGUACUUUUGUAUUCAUGUUGAGAAAAGAAGUGAGCUUGCAGGGAAAAGUAAGGCAUCAAGCAGUAAAAUUUGUAAAACAGAAUAAUGUGUGAUAUUUUGAAUUAUUUCAAAAAUUUAAGAAAGAAAUUAAAAUCCUGCAAUCACCUGUGAACUACCAGAAAACUUACUGCCCUGCCUUCCACUUUGAUUUGAAAUGAAUUAAAGAUUAAACAAUAUUUGUAAAGCUUUGGCACCAAAAAGUUUUAAUCUCUUGUAAUUCACCUUUAUUGUUUUUCUUUUUUUACUAUAUUUUUUAUGUGUCAAUGGUAAUAACUUGCAUAGAUGAUUUACAACAGCUGUCUAUUGGGAGAUGUUUUAUAUGUAAUUUGGCUAUCAAAAGCCUAAUUAAAAUAUUGUUCUUUUGUUUAGGUAGUAAGAGAAGUGUACAAUUUUUAUUACCAUGUAAUACUCAUCAAUAGUCAUGUCAAAAUACCAAAGAAACAUGGACUGAAUAUUUUGUUUUAUAUCACUAAUUGACAUUAUUGAAUAAAAGCACUAGUGAGUUAGCUACUGUGUUUGAAAUUUCACCUUGCAUUUCCUACUACAAGGUCUAAUAUUUAAUUUCUUGCAUUUUUUUGUUCUGUAUGAUCUCUAAUGAUAAGUAGUAAUUGUAUUAACAAUAAGAAAAAUGAUUUUUAUAUCCUAAACAUCUUUUACUUGAAAUUAUGUAUUUAAAUAACAAGAAAUUAUGAAAUCACGAUACAGCUAGUGGUGCUAAAACAGCAUGUACUUCCUUGCCUUUAGUAAAGGUUAUGUAACACUGCUUUUAC